UGUUUGUAAUUAUUAAGUAAUUUUUUUUUUCAAACCAGGGCAUCAUAAAAAUCCGUGAAGUCAUUCACUAAAGUAAGAAAAUCCAUGCAAUUUACGUUCCUAAAGGUAUUAUUUAAGAGCCCACCAAGUAGUAUGGCCUUCUCUUCUAUCUGCUGUUCAAUAAUACUGCUUUCUUCUACAACAAAACCAUCAUGGCUGCCUCCAUUCCACAACUUUUGCUGCUACUCUUUAUAAUGGUCUUUUGCAGAAAUUGUUUUGCCCUUCAAAACAAUUCUUCUUCCCCAUCAAACAACACUUCCAAACUAGAUACUAAUUUGUCAUACAUCAGAUCAGUAUGCAAGACCACUCCGUACCCAGAAACCUGUUUUGAUUCACUGAAGCUUUCGAUCUCGAUAAACAUCAGUCCGAACAUCCUAAAUUUCCUCCUUCAAACUCUUCAAGACGCGAUAUCUGAAGCUGGGAAAGUCACCAGUAUUUUAUCAACCGCUGGAACGCAAAGGAACAUCGUUGAGAAGCAAAGAGGAACCAUCCAAGACUGUAAGGACCUCCACCAAAUCACAGUCUCUUCUUUGCAAAGAUCAGUGUCCCGAGUCAAAUCAGCCAACUCAAGAAAAAUAGCUGACGCAAGAGCUUAUCUCAGCGCAGCUCUGACCAACAAAAACACAUGUUUAGAAGGCUUGGAUUCUGCUUCUGGUCCUCUGAAGCAGACUCUAGUGAAUUCCUUAAGUAGUACAUAUGAACAUGUAAGCAACUCCCUUUCAAUGCUCCCCAAACCAGGCUCCCCGCAAGGCCAUAAGAACCGGCGACUUAUGGGGUUUCCAACAUGGAUGUCAAGGAAAGCUCGCCGAAUUUUGCAGAGCACAGGAGAUGAGUAUGACCCUAGUGAAGUGCUUACAGUGGAUGUAGAUGGAACAGGGAACUUCACCACUAUAACCGAUGCUAUAAACUUUGCUCCAAACAACAGUGAUGAUAGAACAAUUAUCUACAUUAAACAAGGGGUCUAUGAAGAAAACGUGGAAAUCCCAAGCGAUAAACCUAACAUGGUUCUACUCGGAGAUGGAAGUGAUGUGACCAUUAUAACCGGUAACAGAAGCAUGGGAAGUGGUUGGACCACUUUCAGAUCCGCAACCCUUGCCAUCUCCGCCGAAGGAUUUCUAGCCCGGGACAUAACCAUCGAGAACAGUGCCGGACCGGAGAACCACCAAGCCGUCGCUCUGAGAGUCAACGCUGACUUCGCCGGAUUCUACAGGUGCACCUUCAAUGGUUACCAGGACACACUGUACGUCCACUCGUUCCGCCAGUUCUACCGAGAAUGCGAUAUUUAUGGAACCGUCGACUUCAUCUUCGGAAACGCCGCUGUCGUUUUCCAGGGCUGCGACGUCGUUUCGAAGAUGCCGUUGGCAGGUCAAUUCACUGUGAUCACAGCUCAGUCACGUGAAAAUGAAGAUGAGAACACCGGAAUAUCGAUGCAGAACUGUUCGAUAUUAGCCUCGGAAGAACUGUACUCGAACUCCGGCAGCGUGAGGAGCUACCUGGGUCGGCCAUGGCGGAUUUACUCAACGACAGUAAUUUUGGAGUCGUACAUAGACGACUUUAUAGACCCAGCUGGGUGGACCAAGUGGUCUGCGAAUGACGACAAAGGCUUGGACACGUUGUACUAUGGGGAGUACAACAAUUACGGGCCGGGUUCAGGUACGGAUAUUCGGGUCGACUGGCCGGGUUACCACGUUAUGGAUUACGACGAUGCGUAUAACUUUACCGUAACUGAGCUUAUUACCGGUGACGCUUGGCUGGACUCCACUUCCUUUCCGUACGAUGAUGGGAUUUAGUAGUUAGUAGUUUAUAGAUAAUUUAGAGUCCGUAAUUAUUUGGACAAUAUUUAAUUAAAUUUUAUCUAUUACAAAGUCCACCAUGUAACAUGGUUGUGACGCGACGCUUAGACAUGUAGCAAUAGCGUAUUUUUUCAAUAAUAUUUAACAAAAAAAUCUCAUUGGAAAUUUUCAAAAAGAAAAAUAAAA